UUUCUUCCUUUCCCUGCUUCCUUAAAUUUCUGUAAGGCUUUGGCUCUUCGAGAUUGUUAUAUCUGGGCAAUCGUAGUUCGCAUAUGUCUGCCUUAUCCUCAACCCAUAUCUUAUUUCAUUGGUUUUUGCCUGGUAGAAAAGUUUCAUUGGGUUUUAAGAAUCCACACAUCUGCUCUUUGCAAACGACUGACUACAAUUUUCUUCUACUUCACACCUUGUUCAUAAUUCAAAUUCUGCCAAUUAGGUCAUUUUAACCAACUUAAAUCAUGGAGGAUGGAGAUAGGAAUGCUCCUUGCAGAACUUUAGCCUUACAAAAUGAUGUUCAUCAAGGGAUUGGGAGUUCAGAUGAAUAUGGUCUAUGCUUGCUUUAAAGACUUAGCUCUGCAGCAGGACAUUUGUCUCUCAAAUGAUUAGUUCAUGAAUGUGUGUGCACAUGUGCAAGCAUCUGCAUGCAUGCACAAGUGUGUGCAUGGCUGCAUGCAACUCGCAAGUAGUGCGUACACCUACGGAAAUUUCAAGGAUCAUACUACAUUCAUAAGUAGGUGCACGUGACUCAUUUGUUAAUUGUUUACUUUAAGCGAUGGCUUCAAUGGAAAAUAUUAAGGCUUAUGCAACAUGAUUUUCUUCGGGUAAGGUUGGAACUAGAGCAUAUUUUUGUCCCUACUUGGACCUUAACUUCAAGCCUAAAUUCUUUUUCCUCUGUCUAGUGGACAUCUCGAAGCUAACCUUUUCUUUCUUUCUUUUAGAAUAUGAUUGAAAAACUCGUGAUUAAGCUUGUGCUAGAAUGUCUUUGCAUAGAGAGGGCUGCACCUUCUAUAGUUUUUUUUUUUUUGACCGUUGGAGCUUUUCAAUAGUUUCUUUAGCUUUUUGUCUUGGGUAAAAGUAUUCAGUAAAACCCUCAUUUUCCUCAGGCUCCAUGGUUAUGGUCUAUAUGAAUGAAGGUCUUUGGUGAUGGAAAUUGUCAAAUGGUUAAAUUUAAUCUCUCAUAUUAUUCAUCUCAACUAUAGGCAAGCUUUAUGACUAGUUACUCAAGUCACAUCACCUUUUUUUGCAGUUUUGUGCACUUUGAGACCAGAUGAACAAGUCCCCUGACUAGUUCUUCUGUUUUCUUCUACUUUGCACCUUGUUUCAUAAUUCUAAUUCUGCCAAUUAGGGCAUUUUAACCAACUUAAAUCAUGGAGGAUGGAGAUAGGAAUGCUUCUUGCAAAACUUCAGCUUUACAAAUAGAUGUUCAUCAAGGGAUCAGCAAUUAUACAUCAGUUUUGACUUGAUAAAUUAUUUUUCUGUUAAUUCUUGCAGCGUACACCUGGGCAAUCUUAUUUUGCUUUAUAUAGCUGCAUUUCUUUACCUUAUUUUUCUUUUAUUGUCUGUAUUUGUAAUUAAGCUGUCAAUUACUGUUUUCUAUUAUGUUUCAUUGUUUGUUUUUGUGUUACCUGUUCCUCGUUUGUUCAAUUUGCAAACCUUCGGCUUUGCAUUUUAAGUGACCAUUUUUGUUGUAGGAAUUGAUUAAUUACAAAUAUUUCAUGACAUUAUUUUUCUUCUUCUGGUUUGCUUCUUGGUACCAUAAGCUCAACUUAUCAAUUUACUACAUUGAGUUUUGCAUCUAUUAUGCAGAUAAUUACGUUAAAAAGAGUUCUACGGAGCAGAGAGAUGCUCUGGCUGAGGAACCUAAAUGUGUUAUUUGUGGCCGCUAUGGUGAGUAUGUAUGUGAUGAGACUGAUGAUGAUAUUUGCAGCUUGGAAUGUAAACAAACUCUACUCUCCCGGAUUGCUAACUCCUUGUUGCCAGUUGGUCCCUCCUCUACUCAAAGAUUACCUGCUACUGAUGAGUGCUUUUAUGUAAGAGAUUCUGUUGAUAAAUCAGGGUUUCAAUCUUUAACUGGUGAUCAAGCUGAAUUGCUUAGAAAGAAACUUGAAAUCCACGUCAAGGGAGAUGCGGUUCCUGCUCCCAUUUUGGCAUUUUCUUCCUGUGGUCUUCCUCAGAAGCUCCUACAAAAUAUAGAAACUGCUGGAUAUGGCAUGCCCACACCUGUCCAGAUGCAAGUAAUCCCAGCUGCUUUAGAUGGAAAAAGCUUGCUUGUUUCAGCUGACACAGGCUCAGGGAAAACUGCUUCCUUUCUGAUUCCUAUUAUUUCUCAUUGUGCAAAUUUUCGCCUUAGCAACUUCUCAAAUCACAAAAGGCCAUUAGCAGUGGUUCUAACACCAACCAGAGAGCUGUGUAUCCAAGUGGAGGACCAUGCUAAGUUGCUUGGAAAAGGUUUGCCAUUCAAAACUGCACUUGUGGUUGGUGGAGAUCCGAUGGCUAGACAACUCUACCGCAUUCAGCAAGGAGUAGAACUUAUUAUUGGAACACCAGGCAGGCUUAUUGAUCUUUUAACAAAGCAUGAUGUUGAACUAAAUGAUGUAAAGAUAUUUGGUCUGGAUGAAGUGGACUGUAUGCUUGAAAGGGGUUUCCGAGACCAGGUGAUGCAGAUUUUUAGGGCUCUAUCACAACCACAGGUAUUGAUGUAUUCGGCAACAAUUUCACAAGAUAUAGAGAAAAUAGCAAGUUCUAUGGCAAAAGAUGUUACUGUUGUUUCUAUUGGCAAGCCUAACAGGCCAAAUAAGGCUGUGAAGCAGCUAGCUAUCUGGGUUGAGUCAAAUAAAAAAAAGCAAAAGCUUUUUGACAUAUUGACGAGCAAACAUUUUGCACCACCUGUUGUGGUCUACGUGGGUUCCAGAGUUGGGGCAGAUCUCCUAUCUAAUGCAAUUACCAUCACCACUGGAAUUAAAGCUUUGUCAAUACAUGGGGAGAAGUCCAUGAAUGAAAGGAGAGAAAUAUUGAGGUUGUUUUUAGUUGGAGAAGUUUCAGUAAUUGUGUCCACUGGAGUUUUGGGUCGUGGAAUUGAUCUUUUAGGUGUGAGACAGGUCAUAGUAUUUGAUAUGCCCAGUUCCAUUAAGGAAUAUGUCCAUCAGAUUGGGAGGGCAUCUAGACUAGGGGAGGAGGGUACAGGGAUUGUUUUUGUGAACGAGGAGAAUAAGAAUUUGUUUCCAGAGUUGGUUGAUAUUUUAAAAUCUUCUGGAGCUGUUAUUCCUCGAGAACUUAGUAAUUCACGGUAUACAGUUGUUUCUUUUCGGUCAGGCAAAGGCAAGGACUUUAAAAAACGAAAAUAUGGUUGCUGAAGUUGUGGCGCCUUUGGUUUGUCAGUCUUAUUCAUUCAGUUGAGAGUCUUGGAAAUAUUUAGUAGCAACCCACUAUCCUUACAGUUGGUUUUAAGAAGCCAAAAAUGCAAAAGGGUUUUCCUUUUACCUGAUUGUAGAAGUGGGUUUGUUAGUUUGAAUUAGUUGAUAAAAUAUGGCUCUUCUUGGAAGUGAGGAAGGAGUGAGGACAGGAGUGUAACGGCACAUUGAUACUGCAACCUGGAUGAAAUGGUGUUGGCUCAAGUCAGAACUUGAGCCUGUUUGUGCAAUGCUAUGACUAAGUGGUAUGUCUGUCUUCAGUUGAGGCAGGUUCCAAUAGAUGAUUCUUAAGAUUCAAAAGUAGAAAUCCUAACAGACAUUCACAUGUUGUACUACUGAAUCGCAGUUCGAGCAAAAGCUGUAUAUUCUUUUCUUUUGUUUACAGAGCUUUGCCCUGGAUGCAUAUUGACUAAAGCAAUGGCAUAUUUUUUGCUCCAUGCUCCCCUUAUUGGUA